UGAGUCAGCAAGGGUUUUCCCCGCGACACUUUUUUCUAAUUGAAGUGCACCAUGGCUGCAGUAGAGCCGUCUUUGGAGAUGCUAAGGACAGCAAGUACGGACAACGAGAAGAUUGCAGCGCUACUGCUGAUAGCUAAAGUUGCGAGAGCCGGGGAAAUGAGCGAGGUUGAGAGAAGGCAAAUAUUUGAUGCCGUCGGUUUCUCGUUUGUCAAUCGACUCCUAGACACCGAAGAUGAGGCAGGAGGUAGCUCUGACGUCCCCAAUCAGUACCAGGAGCUGGCAGUGACUCUCCUGGCCUGCUUUGCCACUGACCCUCAGCUGGCCACACAUUCUGAGGUAACUUCUAAAGUCCCUCUGUUACUGAAAUUCAUCUCCUGCAGGUCGGAGAGAGACGGUCUCUGUCAGGACUGCCUGCAGCUCCUCCUCUCUCUCACUGCCAGCCCCAAAGGAGUCCACCUUCUGCUGAGCAACGGCUCUCUGCAGACUGUAGCCAGUCAGUUGGCAGAGAGAGAGGGAGGAGAGGGAGUGAGGGAAUCUCUGAGACUGUUACUGGAGAGACUCCUGGGUCAAGAGGCAGUGGUAAUCAGAUAUGGAGAGCAGGUGGAAGAGAUGGUUGGUAUGCUUGCCUCUGGAUUCAAACACAGACAGGAUGAGGUGAAGUUUGAUUUGUGCAGAGAUCUAUGUUCAGUACUGGAGACCCUGGGCAGGGUUUCAAUGGUCUGUAGCAAUGAACGCUGGAUGAGAGACGUUGCCUCUGGGCUUUUUGAUAUCCUCUCCAGCAAGAUCAGUGGAGAGAUGAGGGCAUCGGCUCUGCUCCUGGCAGCCAGUCUCUGCUCACAGUGUGGAGCUGACUGGACUCUCGUGACAGGGAACAGCCAGCUCUUCAGACUACUGGCCAACCUUGCCUCUCUGGAGAUGAGGUUAUGUCUGGAGGGGAGGGAGGGACUGGAAUCCCUGCAGUCAGACCUCCUCUGCUCCUGCUGCAUCAUUCUGGAGUCAAGUGUGACAUUCACUGCUGUCCAGACCUCCAGCUGCAGUGCAGUGACGGAAGAAGAUAUAUUACAGCUGCAUUCUGCCUUCACUGAGGCCUUCAAAUCAACCACCGACUUCCUGGUUUCCCUCCCUCCUCCCCUUCCUCACCAUAACCCCCUCGUUAUCGCCAUCGUACGAGUAUUGGGGGCGUGGCUGGCCGAGGAAACGCUGGCAGUUAGUUCAAAACUCUACAACCUUUUACCGAAACUACUGGAGAUGUGUCAGAGUCACCUACAUGAGAACAAGGGAGGGGUUGAGAAAUGUUUGGAGAAUCCACUGAUGUUCUUGCUGCCUGGACUGUCCCACCUGGUGGCAGAGGACACUGCAAGAGCUGCAGUGAAGACUGCCUUACCUCAGCUCCUGGUUGACUUCAUGACUGCUCUCUAUGGCACCUCUAUG